AUGGCGUUAAAUGACACCACCGCUGCUGCUGCUACUGCUGCUGCUGCUUCUGCCACUACUGGACCAAAAGUCCCACCUUCCCAUCAACAACACCAACAAACAACUUCUUCCUCUUCCUCUUCCUCUUCCUCUUCUUCCUCUCCUCAUCCUUCCUCUUCUCAAAUUAAACCCACUCCCAUCUCUAACUUCACUCGCUUCAUCAGUAUGUUUGGUGCACUAGAACUUACAAAUAAGGGCGCCGUGGCCCGUGACCAUCUCGCCAACGAACGCACAUAUCUUGCUUGGCUCCGUACCUCUCUCGCAUUUGCAUCAAUCGGCGUCGCCAUCACUCAAUUUUUCCGUCUCCAAUCUUCUACAACUACUCGCAACCUUAUUGAAGCCACCCGCGAGUUUGGCAAUCUGGCUGUUACACAAUCUGUCUUGGCUUCUCUUACUGAUGCAUCUACAACCUCGACUAGUUCUUCUUCUUCUUCCUCUUCUUCAGACUCGGAGUAUGUUCUUACAGAAACCCCACCACUACUUGUUCAAACACCAGAGUUUUAUCAUUACGUAGAAAAAAUCUAUAUUCAAGAUAGACGUCUGACCCGGCUAAGUACAAUGCUGGGUAGCAUGUUUAUUUGGCUCGCAGUACUCACCAUGUUAAUUGGUGUUUUCCGGUUUUUCUACACUCAACAUUACCUGCAAAAGGGUGUUUUCCCUGUAAGCAGGGUUUCCAUUGUGAUUUUAUUUACUCUCACAGCAGCGCUAAUUAUCACAAACUUUGUCGUCAUCAUCAAGACAAAUCUGUGA